AUGGCGGCGCGGCUGCUCCCGCUGCUGCCGCUGCUGCUGCGCUGGGCCCGGCCCGCCCAGGGCACCGCCCCGCCGGGCGGCGGAUGGCUGGCGGGCUCGGUGCCGGAGGAGGAGCGCUGCACCGUGGAGCGGGUCGAUGCCUCCCUCACAUACUCCCUGUUCCUGCAGCGGUUCGCCUUCUCCCGGCCGGUGAUCCUCGGCGGGGUCACGGACAACUCGGCGUUCCGAGCCCUGUGCACCCGGGAGAAGCUGCUGGCGGCGUUCGGGCCGCUCCCGGUGCGGCUCAGCACGGCCAACACCUAUUCGUACCGCAAAGUGGAUGUGCCGUUCCAGGACUACGUGGAGCGGCUGCUGCAGCCGCAGGACCCGGCCCGGCUGGGCAGCGACACCCUGUACUUCUUCGGGGACAACAACUUCACCGAGUGGGGCCCCCUGUUCCAGCACUACGUGCCCCCUCCCUUCCGCAUCCCGGGCACCAGCCCUGCCUACAGCUUCGGGAUCGCAGGCUCAGGCUCCGGUGUUCCCUUUCACUGGCACGGCCCCGGAUUUUCCGAGGUGAUUUUUGGCAGGAAGCGCUGGUUCCUGUACCCCCCGGAUAAAACCCCCCACUUCCACCCCAACGAGACGACGCUGGCCUGGCUCCAGCACACAUACCCCACACUGCCCCCCGCCCAGCGCCCCCUCGAGUGCACCCUGCGCCCCGGGGAGGUCCUGUACUUCCCUGACCGCUGGUGGCACGCGACACUCAACCUGGACACCAGUGUCUUCAUCUCCACCUUCCUGGGGUAGAGCCAGGAAGGACAAGGAUGUGUCACCAUCAUCCUGGACACGGCAGGAAUUCCUGCCACUCUCAGGGAAAGGCAACUGGUGUUGGGACCAACUGCCUCAGAAAGUUCUGGGUUUUUACUGGUCUUUUUCCUCCCCCUUGGAUUAAAGUCGUUCUACUGUA